UACAGACAAGUAAAUUGUCGAAUUUUCGAGGCAAUCUGCCCCUUUAUCAAGACAAGUAAAUUACAUACGAUCACAUAUAGACACAGAACAUACUAUAUGCUUUAUAUUAGAUACUAAUAUGGAUAUUAUUGAAUUUUAACGAGGAUUUAGAUUCCAUUUACCUAUAACAUGCCUAAGGAGCGUGGACGAAGGGCCUCGAGAGGCAAUACAAGGUUGAGGAGAAGGUCAAGGCCACCUACCAGGGACGCUUUGCCUCGGGAACCGGAGGAGGUCCAACAGGAACCGGAAGACAUCCAACAGGAACCAGAAGAGGUACCAGAGGAGGACCACCAGGGGCUAGAACAGGAUUCAGCUAACUUUGGUAUGAACCAAUUAUUAGAUAUCCCUCCACCCCCAAUGGUCCCCAGUGUCAGUGAUCAGUUAGGGGAUCAUGUACAUGCUUCUGUUAAGGAAAAAAUUUGGAAAAAUGAAUAUUUGGACCUAGGGGUACUAUCAGAUUUAGACCCUGAGCUAGGUAUGAGACAAAAUGUAGUCUUCAUUAAUGGAUCAUUACAAUUGAGGGUAGCCCAGGCAAAAUCCAAAGUCAAUAAUAUUGAAGAAUGGACCAAUGCAUUUUUGAUAUACACUAGUAUCUAUUUGGUUAAAUGGCCAGAAAGGGCCCAGGAGUUGAUUAAGUAUAUGAGCACCGUGCGAUUUGCUGCCAAAAACUUCAAUGGCUUUGGGUGGAAAAAUUAUGAUGUACAAUUCAGACUACGCCAGGCUCGUAACCCACUAAGAACUUGGUCCAGCAUUGAUCAUGAGUUGUGGCAAAUGUUUGUGUCGGCCGCCUAUAGCACGGCUAGGUCUACUAGUAAUACAUCCAGUCCCGCACCUUCAAGUAAAUGCUAUGCUUUCAAUUACGAGGGUGUUUGUCAUCGUACACAGUGCUCUUACUCUCACACAUGCAUACGUUGCUCUGGAAAUCACGCAGCAGUUAGAUGUUGGGCUAGUAAUAAGGCAGGUCCAUCCCAGAACUUCCGUCCCCGUCAGAGCCAUAAUCCUCAGAUGUUACGGGGCACCAACCAGAAUAAUUUUCGCUUUCGUUCCCCCGGCAGUUACCAAAUGCGGCCCAGAACAUUCAACCAGAAAAAUAUGGGAGUUAGGCAAUUCCCCAAUUAG